CCGGUCUCAGCGCGUCGUGCUUCCGGCCUUGCUGAGGGACGGGCGGCGCUGACGGCUGGCAGGACGAAAGGAAAGCCAAGAAAGCUUUUGGGAAGCCAUAAGAGAGUGGGGAAAAGCCGGGUUUCCACCGUCUGUCGGGAAAUAAACAUCCCCAGAUUCCAGUAGCUGCUGAGUUUGUCACCAAAUCGGCGCUGAAAAUGUCCAGUCGUCAGUUGAGCGAGAGCAAGGCCAUCCCGACCAGGACGGUGUUGAUCGACACAACGCACCUACCUCAAGAUUAUUGUACCACCCCUGGAGGCACUUUAUUUUCCACCACUCCUGGAGGAACCCGGAUCAUCUAUGACCGCAAAUUUUUAUUGGAACAACGUAAUUCUCCCAUUGCCCAGACCCCACCAGCUCACCUGCCUGUCAUCCCUGGAGUGACCAGCCAAAAUGUCCUGAAUGAAAACCAGAAGAAUGAAGCCAAAAACCACAUCAACAACCAUGAUGGCAAGCCCACAGCUGGUGAUGAUGCUCAGUUUGAAAUGGACAUCUAACAGAGCACAAUCCCACCAGCAAAAGCAAAGGACCUGGCAUCGCACGCGUCAGUGGCUUGGCUUAUAGAAACCAAUGUUGUGAGCCCUCAUGGCAGCCAUCUUUUUUUUUUUUCAGCUCUCUGUCUCGCUGCUGGAUGUAAUGUGUGUAAACCAUGAGGAUACACUUCAUCAUAGAGUUUGGUACAACUGUGGAAACUAGAUCAAACAUGAAUUUGUAUAGAUUCCACAGUUGGCAGUUACUUUACGAGUCAGUCAAACAACACAUGGGUGGUCCUAAAUAUCCUGUUCCCAGACAUACUGUCCAAUAUCAAGAACUAUUGAAAUUCUAUUGCACCUGCAUUAAUGGUAAAUGUCCACCGGGUGGAGAUAUUGCUCCAUUUCAAGAACCUUGAGGACAGGCUACUACAGGACAUGAUGACAAACCUGUUGCUUAUAGUAGUAGAUGUUCUGUCAAUCUGGACGUUUAACGGGGCACACGCUAAUCCUCUCGGUUUUCAAUCAUUAAAAACUUCAGAACAGCAGAGGAAGGUGAAAUUUUUAAGUAUUGGCCUUAGAAUCAGUCAAAGGCUUGAAUUUUAUCACUGCCUUUGGUUUUCAAAGCCCUAUUAAAUAAGAUUAUGUAAUGUUAGGGUUUUUUUUGUGCAAUUACUUGAAAAGCUCCACAUUCUGACAUACCUUCUUUGGUCCGUGUCCUUUCCAGUGAUGGUAUGUCAGGGGACACAUUUUUGUUUUACUUUUAAAUUAUACACUUUAGAUUUCAUGUCAUUCCAUAUAAUAUUGUGUUGUUCAUUAUCAACACGAGCCUUUGACAGUUUGAGGUUAAAAAAAGACAACAUUUAGCUAUUUUGAAAUUGCAAGUAAUUUUACUAUAUAUUAGUUACAGUAUUAAAGACAAACCAUGAAUCUGGCAACAUAUGAGAAGUGGGCACAGCUAACCUUAAAGUUAGCUUCAGUAACCUCAAAAAAAAAAAAGUUGAAAAUUUAAUAUGUUGUAGUGUAAAGAUGGAGGUUCCAAAAAUGGUUUAGCACGCAAGAUCAGAUGGUCAUCAAGAUGUACAUGAAUAAUGAAGGAACAAAUAAAAUUAAAGUUUUCAUUCAACAUACAGUACAAUACAAUAAUAUACAAUACAAUACAAUAAUAUAUCGUACACAUGUAAAAAAUGCUUGAAUCUAAUUAAUGUAUUUACUCUGGCUUGACCUACUGCUCCUCAAGGUGAUGCUUGUUACCUUCACACGACAUGUCAGUUUAUUGGAUUAGUGUAUGAGUUCCAACAGGAACAAAAUAUCAUUUUAGGGGCUUCAAGUAGCCAUUGAACUUUAUUCAAAAAAUUAUUGAAGUUAUUCUAAACUAAUUGGUUCACCGAUAGUUAUCUGAAAAUUGAAUCGGAUAACAAAAAAGUUAUGUUUGUUAGUUACCUGUUAGCUAAGUAGCUGAAGUACGCCCACCACUGCAAUUUGUGCAUCACAUAUGAUUAUGUUACUCUGUAUUAAGCCAGAAAAUUGAUCACUAAUUUGACUUUAUUGUUAUUUACACAAUCAUUUUUCUACACUUUGGGUGGUUAGCAGAUUUGUUUUGGCAAGGUGUGUUAUAAUCUGACGUAUGUAAGUGUGUGUGUGUGGGGGGGGGGGGGGGGGGUUACACUGGGUGACAUCUCAGGUGUUUUUGAAUGUCCAGAAACAUUGAGAACAGGGGUCACCUACCCUGCUCCUGGAGGUCACCUGUCUUUUGCAUGUUUUCUAAGUAUCCCUGCUCCACCCACUAAGUCGGGUGUGCUCAACCAGUCAAGAGCUAGGAAACACUGGACUGAUCACCUGAUUGCAGCAGGUAGACAACAGAAACAUGCAGGGCAGGCGGCCUCCAGGAGCAGGGUCGGUGACUCUUGAUUUUAAACAUUUUGGGCAUGGUUAUAUCCCAAAAUGAAUUUGGGGUGAAGCAGAUUUCUGGAUUCUUGAAAUAAUCCAGAUAUUUUAUAUGCAUUUAAUUUUUUUUAAUACGGUUUCUUAGUAUUGAGGAGUUUGCUCGGGUUGUUGAGUCUUCGGGUUUGUACGACGUGGGAAGGAAGCAUAAACAUUUGCCUGAGGCUUGAGAGAAGCUCUCUGUUUAAAAAAAAAAAAAAUCUGCCCCUAGUGUCCUUAAUGCAUAUUAGAGUUUCUCCAUUAAUGACACGUGUCUGCCCAUGCCUUACUUUACAGGAGAUGCAGUCAAACUCUGUUCUUUGCCAUCACUUUGUACUUUCCCACAGAUGUUUAUUUUUUCACUGUAACGUUAAACAGGUGGCAUAUUUAGCAACGGAGCAAAGUGUUUCCAUUUUUCUACAUUAUGUCCAACCUGUGAACUUUCAGACCAUGCUGUGUGAUGGCCGAUACGUUGAGUGUGAAAUACCACGAGGUUCAUGAUUCGGCUACGCCACGUGCUUAAGUCCCAGUAGUUUCAGUUUUGGACACCACAAUCAAAUUUCUCUCUGCUAAAAUAGAAACUCUGAACUUGGCAAAUAAAUGAGGAUAAAGUACCUGGUUUCCAUUCAGAAAUCAUGCUUUGUUUCUUUCACUGCAUGAAUGGAACAAGUGAAGAUGUGAAAUGUCCGUCUGUUCUUUUAUUCCUCAUUUUUGCUUUGACCGUGUUUGGUGAUCAGUAUGUUACCAUUUUGCAUUGCACAUUUCUGGGCAAGAAAACUAUAUUAUGGCAUCGAUUUUCAAAUAGCGGGUUGAUUUCAAAUCUGUGUGGUUUGACAUUGAGGGCUUACCAUUGUGUGCUGAAAGAGAUUUGAAACAAAACUUACUGUAACCUUCUGUUCUGAAUACUUUCUUCUAACUGAAACACCAAUGCCAGUGGACACUGUUGCUGCAAGAUCAAUAAAGUUCCUUAAAAAAAAA